GGAGCUACCUGACCGGAAUCCGCAGAAAACACCUGGCCGAGGGAGUCGGAUCUUUUCCUCAGCGCUGCUGUCUUGCUGUUGCAACAACUCACCAUCAGCCAUGUCCUUGCACGAGGCGCCUCGUCGUAGAGACUCGCUCCCAGUGAUACAGUUGCGGCGUUUGUCCAGCUCGUGGGUGCUGCCCGUCACGGACAGGAGACACUCCAUUCAGGAUAACACUCUGGACACCCGGCGGUCAUCUGUGUCACACAGCCGACGAGAUGCCCGUUUUGAUGUGGAGAAUGGCUUGUCGGUGGGUCGAAGUCCACUGGACGCUCAGACUAGCCCAAGCUCUGGGGCAGCACUUGGAGGAAACAUCACCCACAGUCAGCGACGUGAGUCCUUUCUGUACCGCUCCGACUCUGACUACGAAGACAAAGCCAUGUCCCGCAACUCAUCAACCACCAGUGAUGCGCGUGUAGAAGACAUGAUGAUAGUGACUCCAUUUGCACAGAUCCUUGCCAGUCUACAGACUGUGAAGGCAAAGUUUGCUUAUCUGACAGGUGCACAAGAUCAUGUGUCGAGCAGGCGACCGUCAGGCAGCAGCAGCCAGGCGGCCGCAGCGGCAGCAGCACAUCCGGCUCAUCCAGCUCAUCCAGACCUUACAGACGACGCGUACCAGCUCAUGGUGAAGCAAACCAUGGAGGAGAUGGACUGGUGUCUGAGCAAGCUGGAGAGGAUGCACACCAGGCAGUCGGUCAGCGAGAUGGCUUCUGAUAAGUUUAAGAAGAUGCUGAACCGUGAGCUGACGCAGCUGUCGGAGGCGAGCCGCUCAGGGAAUCAGGUGUCGGAGUUCAUCGCCAGCACCUUCCUGGAGAAAGAUGACGUGGCGAGGCUGUCCCCGUCUCCUAAGGAGAAGAAGAAUCAGCCGAUGUCACAGAUAAGUGGUGUGAAAAAGGUCGCACAAACCCAGAACUUACCGCCUGUCUGCAUUCCCCGCUUUGGAGUCAAGACACCGCAUGAAAGCCUGCUGGCCCAGGAAAUCGAAGGGAUCAAUCGUUGGGGUCUUGAUAUUUUUAAAAUAGCAGAAUAUUCUGGAGGCUGCCCUCUGACUGUGAUCAUGUACUCAAUCUUCCAGGAACGAGAGCUUCUUAAAACAUUUAAGAUCCCAGUUGACACCUUUAUCACCUUCAUGAUGACCUUAGAGGACCACUACCAUGCAGAUGUCGCUUACCACAACAACAUCCAUGCAGCCGAUGUGGUGCAGUCCACUCACGUCCUCUUGUCCACCCCGGCUCUAGAAACGGUGUUCACAGACCUGGAGAUUCUGGCUGCGCUGUUUGCAAGUGCCAUCCAUGAUGUCGACCAUCCAGGAGUCUCAAACCAGUUUCUCAUAAACACCAGUUCUGAGCUGGCGCUGAUGUACAACGAUGCCUCGGUGCUGGAGAACCAUCACCUGGCUGUAGGAUUUAAACUGCUUCAGGAGGACAACUGUGAUAUCUUUCAAAACCUCGAAAAGAAAGAUAGAGACAACCUCCGCAAGAUGGUGAUCGACAUGGUGCUGGCCACAGAUAUGUCCAAACACAUGAACUUCCUGGCGGACAUGAAGACAAUGGUGGAGACUAAGAAGGUGACGAGUAACGGAGAACUGCUGCUAGACAACUACUCUGACCGCAUUCAGGUUCUCCAAAACAUGGUCCACUGUGCGGACCUGAGCAACCCAACCAAACCACUGGAGCUGUACCGCCAGUGGACGGACCGCAUCAUGAUGGAGUUAUUCACUCAAGGAGACAGAGAACGGGACAAAGGCAUGGAGAUCAGCCCCAUGUGUGACAAACACAACGCCUCCAUAGAGAAGAGUCAGGUGGGGUUCAUUGACUUCAUUGUUCACCCUCUUUGGGAGACGUGGGCUGAUUUGGUGCACCCUGAUGCCCAGGACAUCCUGGACAUGCUGGAGGACAACAGAGAGUGGUAUCAGAGCAUGAUCCCCCGCAGCCCCUCACCCCCCAUUUUUGAGGAGCCCCAAGGUGAAGGGAGGUCUGCAGGUGGAGCAUUGGAAGCAGGAGGGUCCAUCCCUUCAGCAGGGGGGGACAAGUUUCAGUUUGAUAUCACUCUGGAAGAAGAGGAGGAGAACGAGGAGGAGGCGGAGUCUGACCCAGAGACGUCCCAACAGGAGGAGUUAGUCUUUGAGCCAAACGGUGACUCCUUCUCGCCGUCUCUGUCCCCAGACCCCAACAGCAGCAGCGGCAGGUGCCGCCCCCCCUCAUCCCAGCCGUCUCAAACCCUUAGUCUGGCUGCCAUGUCGGUGCGGAGCCCCCACUCGCACGGGACGCUGGCCUCCAUGGAGCAGGAGCACGCUGACUCAAAACUGAGCCAGGAAGGCAGCAGUGGAGCGGCCCUCUUGCACAUGGGCGCGCAACAACCAGCACAACCUGCCCCACCUGACAAACAUGCACAUAUGGAGAUGGUGGCAGGGCAAGCCAAUGUCUGUAAAAUCACCACAGUCCCUUUACACUGGAGACACCCUCUCUAGAGGACAGAGGAUCGUUCUUCCUCUGUCUUAUUUUUCAGCAAGAAUGUUUUGACCUCCUUUUGGGCACCCAAAAGGCCUUCAUGUCCCCUUCGUGGUUUGUUGUGAGCCUCGGCUCACAGACAAAAAAUAUUGCUGCAUAAGCUGGGAUGAAAAGUGGAGGCCAGUGCUCUGACAAGAGGUGACACAGGUAAAGGAAAUGUCUUCCUCCAAAAUAACUGUGACAGUCUGACACGAGCAGUGAAUGAGGAUCACAGUGGUGUGACAGGGUCUUGGAAAUUAUUUUGCACCAUAUUUUUAAGUUUAAGAAAUGAAAUCCAUGUUGGCAUAAGUGAGUAUGAUUACUUUGUUUAAGAAUGAUGUGCGAGAUGAAUAAUUGUACCAAAUAUAGGACGUAGAUGAGCAGAGAGAUAAAUUGAUGGACUUUAACCUCAGGGUAUGAAAUCUAAUGUAGCACAGAUGUACUGGAUACCCCAAAUUAUCUCUUCUGAUUUACCUCCAAGACAGAGAAAGAUGAAACGUUGCUCAUACUGUGUCUCUCUACAUUUAAUUAAAACCCUUUAAUACACAAUUUGAAAUUUGAAGCAAUCAAAUACUAAAACCAGCUUGUAGCAACACAGUAAUUGAACACUGAAGAAGAGUGUAGCCCAGUCACCUGUUUUGAAUG